UUCAUCAUUUGUACUGAGAAAAAAUGGAUUCUCAAAUCCUGUAGUUUUGCCCUUGAAACCCUUUUUUAACCCAUUGCCAAUUCUGGGUUUUUCAACUUUCAUCUCCUGAUUGGAUUGAUUCUUCAUUUAUUGGAAGUCAAAACAAAAGACCACAGUUGUUUAUGUUACAAGGUUCACCUCCAAAGAUCUUCUUUCGAAUGGUUUAAUGGGAGAGGGUGAUUUGGAGGAGAUUGGGGCUGAUAUCAGCUCAGACAUUGAAGUUGAUGACAUAAGUUGUGAAAAUAUGGCGGAAAAAGAUGUCAGUGUGAUGAAGAGAUUGAAGCAGAAGAGUUGGAGAGGAGAAUGUGGAAGGAUCGUAUCAAACUCAAAAGGAUCAAGGAAAGACAGAAGCUUGCUGCUCAACAAGCUGCAGAAAAGCAAAAGCCCAAGCAGGCCUCUGAUCAGGCUCGAAGGAAAAAAAUGUCUAGAGCCCAAGAUGGGAUUCUUAAGUAUAUGUUGAAGCUAAUGGAAGUUUGCAAAGCAUGUGGGUUUGUCUACGAGAUCAUUCCUGAGAAGGGUAAGCCAGUAUGUGGUUCAUAAGAGCUUGGUGGAAAGAGAAGGUGAAGUUUGAUAAGAAUGGGCCAGUUGCCAUAGAUAAGUAUGAAGCAGAAUGUUAAGCUGUGAGUGAGGCAGAUAAUAAUAAAAUAGGAAUCCUCAGAGCAUUCUUCAAGCCCUGCAAGACGGAACACUUGGAUCUCUCUUGUCUUCACUAAUGCAGCAUUGUGAUCCCCCUCAAAGGAAGUAUCCACUUGAAAAGGGAGUUCCUCCACCUUGGUGGCCCACUGGGAGUGAAGAAUGGUGGGUAAAAUUAGGGCCACCCCAUGGCCAGAGUCCUCCAUACAAGAAACCACAGGAUCUUAAGAAGAUUUGGAAAGUGGGAGUGUUGAUAGCUGUAAUAAAGCAUAUGUCACCAUAUAUUGCAAAGAUUCGGAGGCUUGUUCGUCAGUCAAAGUGCUUACAGGAUAAAACAAAAUGUCAGCCAAGGAAAGUGCAAUUUGGUUAGGACUUAGGAGUUUUGAGCCGAAAGGAAGCUCUCAUCUGGCAGGCUAGCAUUGACAAUGAGACAUCUGGUUGUUGAUUUUUUUAAACAAAGAAAUGGAGAGAAAAUCAGGAAGAACAGAAACAAAAAAUGGAGAGGAGUAUAACACUCCAACUCAGAAAUUUCAUUGAUAUUCAGCUAUAUUUAUAGUAGAAAUAACACAAUAUAAAAUAAUUUUUUCUCA